GGCUCGUCUCGUAGGGACUUCGAUCUGCUCUAAUGGAUUGUAUGCAGAGAUAUAUCUUCGGUAUUUUCUUCAUCUUAGCAGCGGUCAUCGGUGGCACCCGAGGCAAAGUGCUGGUGUCUGGGCUCGUCUACUGUGACCAGUGCAAGGAUGGGAAAUAUUCGCAUAUGGAUUAUCCCCUCAAAGGAGUCACGGUUAUAGUAUCCUGCACAGAUCGAUACGGCAGACUCACCGUGAGUAAACAACUCAAGUCAAAUUUGUAUGGGAACUAUUCCAUUGUGUUUGACGGCAACCCUGACCUGAGCAGUUGCAUGGUCGGAGUCUCGGCAUCUGGCCAAGAUGGGGCGGACGUCCGCUGCAUGGCAACGGUCGGGCCUCCCCGCAGCCUCAAGCUCAUCUGGCAGAUGUCGGAUAUUUCAGGGUACGAGGUCGAUCCCCUGUACACCCACCCCGCCGAGCUCCCUUCCUUCUGCCCCAAGGCCUCCCCGAAGCCAGCGCCCCCGCCUAAACAGCAGCCCACCCUGCCUCCACCAUCGCAUGCCUCACCUCCGCCUGUCAAGCUUCCACCUGCUCCGCCUGUCAAGCUUCCGCCGACUCCCCCAGUCAAGCUUCCGCCGCGUGCUCCGCCCGUCAAGCUUCUGCCGCCGGCUCCCCCAGCCAAGCGUCCACCACCGGCGCCACCCAUCAAGCGUCCACCGGCUCCUCCCUCCUGGAAUUAUCCACCUAUAACAUAUGUUCCGUACCCAGGCUAUAUCCCUAUGCCAAAGUUUGAUCUGCCCAUGCCAGAGCUUCCAUUCCUGGGACCGCCAUUCCAAGGGGCUUCAGCGUGCCCGCACAAGAUGUGGUUGAAGCCAGAGUACAAGUGCUUCUGGAUGGUUGACCCCAACACGAAGGCAGUAGCACUCUUCGAUUCGCCAUUCAUGCCUCAGGUGUACGGCACCGAUGUCACACUGUUGCAGGCCCUCCAAGGUGGAGGGGAUCCUUAUAGAGAUCUCUUGCGAGAGGCGACCACGGCUCUCUUAAAUACCUACCACAGCAUCUCGUUCCCGUAUGUCGACAUGAAUAUGGAGUCGAUCUCAACAGAAAUGGACAUGGUCUUGUCCAUGAGCUCAGAGGGAGACGUCAUCUCUGCAGCCCAAAAUUUCAUGAGGCUCAACUCCGGCUAUGGGAGGGUCCCCUGCAACUUCACUCCCUGCAAAUGAAUGAUCCAUUGAUCAAAUUCCCUUUGAUCAGUAAUUAUUGAUUAGAAUGAGGCUCUUUUAUAUUAGGUUGAGGUUGAGGUUUUAUCUCUUUGUGACUAUGUUCUGUGUAUUCCGGAGCUUAUGAUUUAUUAUUUUAUUGUCAUUGGAAUUUCAUUGA